CGGUGCGGCUUCUCAUCUGCACUCGUGAAAUCGCCCGUGAACUUCACCGAAGGAUUGCUCGACAUCGCUCUUUUCAUUGUCCCCGCUGCUUCUCGACGCUGUCGUGUCGCGUUCGCGAGUUUCUCACCAGAAAGGAAGAGAGCGAGAGAGACGGACGUGCGUGUGACAGGGACAGCGGAAGAGCGCGCGGGAGAGAGCGGCGGGAUCGCUGCGUCGACCAAUCAGUGCGUGCCUCCGCCAGGAACCCGUGAUUCAUUGCGCGUCGCGGGUGUGCGGAUCAAGGAUUCCCGACGGGCUGUCGUUCGUAGUUCGCGGUGGAGAAGAGAUUCGCGGCGGCGCCUGGAUCUGCGUCACUCUUAUGAUCUUUCACGUCUGACCCGUUGGCUACGAAAUCCGUUUUCCACAGCCAUGUCAACUGGACCCACACACAAGCAUCGUUAUAAAAAUGUAGGAUUGGAUUCACAAGAACUGCGGAGACGCAGGGAGGAGGAGGGGGUUCAAUUGAGGAAGCAGAAGCGGGAGCAGCAAUUGUCGAAGCGUCGCAAUGUUCCAAACAUUGUUGCGGAUGACGAUAAUGUUACAGCCACAGACGAGUACACACUUCCUACGCAACAAUCGCAGUCCGCUGGUAUUAUAACAUCUGAAAUGGUAGAUGCAUUGUACAGCCCUAACAUACAAGAUCAGUUGGCAGCAACGCAGAAAUUUAGAAAAUUAUUAUCAAGGGAACCGAAUCCUCCUAUAGACGAAGUUAUACAAACUGGAAUUGUGCCGCAAUUCGUCGAAUUUCUUAAAAAUAACACAAAUUGCACGCUACAGUUCGAAGCAGCUUGGGCAUUAACAAAUAUAGCGAGCGGAACGUCCCAGCAAACGCGUGUCGUGAUAGAUGCAGGGGCCGUUCCUACUUUCAUAUCUUUACUUGGUUCCGAGUACGAAGACGUGCAAGAACAAGCUGUAUGGGCAUUAGGCAACAUCGCAGGGGACAGUCCCGAAUGCAGAGAUCACGUGUUGGCCAACGGUAUUCUCCCUCCACUUUUACAGUUGCUAUCGAAAGCGACACGACUCUCCAUGACUCGCAACGCGGUAUGGGCAUUGUCAAAUCUUUGCCGGGGGAAGAAUCCAGCGCCGGCUUUCGCGAAGGUUGCCCCGUGUUUGCCAGUUCUCGCACACCUCCUGAAUCAUGCUGAUUUCGAUGUACUCGCUGAUGCUUGCUGGGCACUUUCCUAUUUGAGCGACGGUCCAAACGAUAAGAUACAAGCUGUUAUCGAUGCCGGCGUCUGUAGACGCCUCAUAGAACUUCUUAUGCAUGAUCAGAGUAACGUAAUAAGCGCAGCUCUUCGUGCUGUAGGAAAUAUAGUUACCGGGGAUGAUGUGCAAACUCAAGUUGUAUUAAAUUGCUCGGCACUACCAUGUUUGUUGCACCUUCUAAGUUCUCCACGGGAAAGUGUUCGUAAAGAGGCUUGCUGGACGGUCUCUAACAUCACUGCCGGUAAUCCACAGCAAAUACAAGCGGUGAUUGACGCUAAUAUCUUUCCGGUCUUGAUCGACAUUUUGGGCAAAGCCGAGUUUAAAACGCGUAAAGAAGCAGCAUGGGCAAUUACGAAUGCUACUAACGGCGGAACGCCGGACCAAAUUCGAUACCUCGCGAUGCAAGGAUGUAUCCCACCGUUGUGCGAUUUGUUGACUGUCAUGGAUCCCAAGAUUGUCCAGGUGGCUCUGAACGGAUUAGAGAAUAUUUUGCGUUUGGGAGAGCAAGACGCGCCCAUGCACAAUGGUCUUAACCCUUACGCGGUCCUUAUCGAGGAAUGCUAUGGCCUAGAUAAAAUAGAGUUCUUGCAAUCUCACCAAAAUAUGGAUAUUUAUCAAAAGGCCUUCGAUAUUAUCGAUCGAUUUUUCGGAUCCGAGGAGGAGGAUACCAGACUGGUACCUUCUAUCGAUUCGCAAGGACAAGAAUAUCAAUUCACCACACCAGAUUCUUCCCAGCUACCAGUUCAAGGCUUUGAAUUCUAAUCCACUGUCCUUAAACUCUGCAUAUAACAUUUGUUUCGUUAAAUGUUUACGGUUAUAUUUGUUCUAUACACUAGGGAUACGCGAUGUCCCUAAAAUCGAUACAUCGACGCGAAAAAUAAUUUUUAUGUAUUUGUGCAUAUGCUCCUAGAGUUCGUUUGUAUCAAACAAUAUGAUUGUUGCUCCCCAAAGUCAUCUAUUCUUCGUCAAAUUGUGAGAAGAGCAGUAAAAUCCUUAUAUAUCGUUACUUUUCAUGUUUUUUCUUUUCUAUUUUUUUCUUUUUUUUUUUUCGUUAUUUUAGACGAACUAUAACAUACCGUAUGUUAUUACCGUAUGUUACUACUAAUUAUGGUUUCCGAACCUACGUAAAAUUGCGACAACGUCGUUGCUGCUAAAGACUUGAAACAAUUUACGUAGGGUAAUUUGGCGUACUCAUACUUGCAUGUAUUUAGUAUGGGGUACGUCUCAUCAGGAGUAAACAGGAAUAAACAUUUUUAGUGCUUAAGUAGAAGUGGAGACGAUCAAGACAAUUUGACGAGGCAGACUCAUACCCUCGUGCGACGUGUGACUGACACUGAACUACGAAAAUGAUACUUGCAUUGACCUGCAAGAUACUAAAUGACUGAAGUACGCGACUAUGUAGCCAACACGGACAACAUUACGCAACGCGGUACUCACCUCCUUACUAUACUAGAUAGAAACAUGACCAAUUAAACUUUUUUACUGUAAAUACGUAUCUCGUAAUUUUAAGGCUAUUCUAUACAGAGUGCCCUUAAGAAGCGAAGCAAUAGUCGUAUCUGGCCGUCAACGAAAUACCGUAUUGAUUUAAAUAAGAAUUGCUCGAAGAUUUCCUUACUAUUUGUGACGAUUAUGUUUUGAGAAUAGAAAUAUGCAAGACACGCUUCGGUUCUAUUUUGUGUCAAUAAUCGCAUGGUACAUGCCGGCUUUAUUACAUAUACAUAUGCUUUCUUACCAGUUCAGCAUCAUAAAAUCGAUUACCAGAUACCAGUUUUUAAUUGUGUGAACAUUUGCGGAUGUAUCGAGAAUAAAUAAUGUUUACCUUAUUGUUUCAUAACUCGAGUUCGAAGCAAAAUUGCAGUUGAUAUUAAAUCCUUUGUGUGCACAGGUGAUAAAAGGAAAACGGAUCAAUAGUAUUGGGAUUGUACAGCACAUCAUUAGAUUUUGGACAUUCUGUAUAAAAAGUCUAUGACUGUAUAAAAUGUAUUUAUUAUUUAGGUUUGACGAUACCAUACUAUAUUGUACGAAUUCUAUAUAUACUGUCUACUUUUAGUUACCGAUUUGAAUUAUUACGACAGAGAACGACUGUACUAUAACUCACUAGUUGAAGAGCUUUGCUAAACGUUUCAUUUUAGCAAGGUGCGCAGCUAUGGGAACUUAUUGCCAAUUUAUGAAAUGCUUAUCAAGAAGUAGUGUAUGACAAGUGUAGUUUAAAACAAUUUUCUUUUGCCAUUAUAUGUUGUAUAACACUGUUUUCUUGCAUAACAUGUAAAAACAGUUAUACUCUAUCAUGCUAUUGGGUGGAACAUAUAAGGAUUGGUCUGAGUUAUUAGUCUGAAAUAAUCGUGUGAACAUUCUUCAAAUGCAAUACUAAGUUUUUACCGAAAAGUAGUUUUUUCUACCGAAUUAUAGUUAUUUUAAUCAAAACAAUUUUUAAUUAUAUUUCUAUAUUAAUUAAUAUAUAUAUAUAUAAAAUAAAUGCUAAUAUUGAAUCGUUUAAAAUGCAUAUAGUUUGGUAUAAAUAUGUACGUAUCUAUUUAUGGAAACAUCUAUUUUUUCUAAUUCGCUAAUUUUUUCUAUCGGAAAACGUUGCAUCGCUCAAAAGAAAAAAAAAAGUUGAACAGAGCACUGGUCUAAAUACACAUCGUGGAUAUUAUAUUUUAUUUUCCCAUGGAUCUGUAUUAAGUCAAUAGGAAAUUUAUUAAGGUUGGAGAAAUAAACCUGUAUAAAUAGAUCUAGUUAAAGUUUUAUAAUUAAGUUCACCUUUUUACCUACUUGUUGAGGAAAUAUCAAAAAGAAAGUUGGUUUAACGAAAAGUUGCUAUAUUUAUAAAAUUUUACAUAGUACAAGAGGAUAAAGAGAGAGGUAACGAACGCAUAUCAGAAGAGAAGCAAUCUGCAAUACGAAUUACGUGAAAUUUGUAUGAAAUUAUAUAAUAUAUGCAAAUAAUUUGUUUAAAUAUAUGUAUAUAUUUUGGUAUUUAGGUAUUCAAAAUGAACAAGUUGAUGCAAUAGGAAUUUUCCAAUGAAUACCUGUUUUACGAUAUAUCAUUUAUUAUAUAUAAAGUAUAGUUAGUACAGAGUAUUAGUGAAACUGAGUCUUCGUUACUUUAUUAUAAUGUAUAUAAUUUUACUGAUUCGAGUUAACAAUAACAUUCUGCAACUCUUUUUGCGAAUGUCCGGAAUAAUUUUAACAGAAUUAGGGGUGAAAGAUUAGGGGAAUUGCGAUGAAAGAUCUUGUAAAUUGGCAAUGAGCAAAAUACGAUACUUGACAUUAUUUAAUUAAUUACUGUACGGACUGCUGACUGACACAUUUAACACGAGAAUCCAAUAUCACAUAUAAUGAAAUCCUAUUGAUUGUAUUUUAUUUUGAAGCUAAAUAAAUGUCAUUCUCGAAAAUAUGCGUGGAAUCGCUAGAUACAGCAAUGUCGUUAUAUUUUUUGAAAAUACAUAGAAGUAUGAAAUUGUGAUUAUAUAGGAAGACUCACUAAAGAUAAAUUUAAUCUCGUGUAAUAUUGGCAUAACAAAAUAAAGUGAAACUGAAAGA